AUGGCACCGCGUCGUCAAAUGACUGAUGCUGAAAAGGCAGAAAAGAAUAGGAAGCAAAGAGAGAAAAGAGCGCAAGAAGAUCCAGAGAUUAGAAAAAAACGUUUGCAUGACAAUAGAGCCAGGGCACAAUAUGUGCGCGAUGAGAAAAAGCAGCGUCUCGAUCAAGAAGUUCAACGUCAAACCCAAGAUAAAGUAGACAGGCAAGUGCGUCUAGACGUAGAAGCGCAAAGACGUAAAGAAAACCGAGCUCAAGAGCCAGACGAAAUACAACAAGCUAGGCUACAAGAGCAAUCAUUGCGACAGCAAGCUCUGCGUGAAGAGGAAAGUGAGGAAGAAACGCGUGCAAGGCUAAGAGAUCAAGCAACAGGACAGCAAGCUAUACGUAACGCAGAAACCGAUGGUGAAAGGCGCGUAAGGAUGAUCGAGGAUAACUUGCGCCAUUAAGUCCUACGCGCUUAAGAGACAGUAGUAGAGAGGAUGUCGCGUUCCAUGGCUGACAGAUUGCGUCAUCAGAUGUAUCUGGUUGAAGAAACGGAAGAAGAGGCGGAAAUACGUAGGGAACUUAACAGGGAGCAAACAGCCAACUACAGAGCGGCAGAGAUAGAAGAAGAAAGGGAAGAAAGACGAGAACAGAGUCAAUCUCGAAUGGAACGUUUGCGAGAAGAGAGAGAGGAAGACGAGGAAUUACUUCGUGCCAUGAAUGCAUUGGAACAUGCUGAAAUUAUACCAUUGGAAACUGAAGAGGAGAGCACUUUUCGCGAAGAGCUAUUGGCUGCCCGCAACCGUGCGGGAGUGCCAAGAACUCUUAGAGCGGCUUGCAAAACAUUGGCUUCCGAAGACCGAGUUCCAUUGCACGAUUGUGGAGAAAUGACCGUCAAUUGCGGCGAAUGUAAUGCCAGGCAUUUCAAGGGUGAACAACCGACAGACAAGAAAUUCACCCAAUGCUGCGCAAAAGGAAAGGUGAUUCUCCCUCCUCCAAAAGAGUGCCAUCAACCGCUGGUUAAACUAUUGCAGAAUCACCAUCCAAAGGCGAAAGCGUUUAUGACGAAGAUCCGCAAUUACAACAGCGCUCACGCUUUUGCUUCGUUGGGAGCCAAUAUUUCAUCUCCCCCAGGGCGUGGACCUUAUUGUUUCAGAAUCCACGGUCAAGUGUACCACAACACCACACCCGUCGGCCCCAAUACGAAUAAUCCUAGGUAUGCGGAUCUUUAUUUCAUGGACGCUGCGCAGGCUGGCGAGUUCAGAGCGCUUUCCACCUCAAACGGAGGAUGCUGCAGAAACUUGAUGGAGGAAUUGGACGCAAUGCUCCGAGAAAAGAAUCCGUACGCAGCCAUUUACAAGAUGAUGCGUCAAGUGCUUGAAGAAGAGUACCGCCGAGCCCAAGAUGAGAAUCUACCUCACCAAACAGUAGGAAUGAUCAUCAGCAGUGAUCGAAGAAAUCUAGAUCAGAGACGUUACAACAGCCCGACGACAAACGAGAUUGCUGUCAUUUUCAAAAGCGCAAACGGUGAGCCGCCAGCGAAGAGAGAUAUCCGUGGCCAUCUCUUCAUCCCAGUCAGAGGGAGAACAUUCGUUCAGAUUGACACACAACAGCCCAUGUGCGACCCAAUGACUUACCCUUUGCUCUUCCCCAACGGUGACGAUGGCUGGCAUGUAAACAUGCCUUAUACCACCACUACACGACGUGAAAGAGAGGAAGCAGCAGCACGGGCAAUGGAUGUGGAUGAAGAGGAAGAGAUCGAUCUCCCAAGACUUGAUGAAAUGCUGCGGCCAGAAAAUGCACCAGUAGAAGCCUUAGCUGGUGAGGAAGAGCUGGUGGAAGAACCAGAACCGGAACCAGAGGAGCAAAUGGAUGACGACGAUAACGAUCCCCAUCGAUUGAAUCGUGGCGAAGGAAGACGAAAAACGAUCACGCAGUGCGAAUUUUACAGCUUUCUCAUGUCGAUUCGGGAAUAUUUCAACAAAGUUUUGGCCGGCGGAUCACUCACUCAGCAAUGGACGGUCGAUUCUUACGUCAAGAUUGAAGCCAACCGCGUCAAGUACAUCCGCGAACAUCAGGUGGAGCUUCACGUGGCUCAAUACGACGGUCUCUUGGACUACUUGCAUAAUCGCGCCGAACGAGAAAACCUUACAGUCGGAUCUUAUCACGUCCUCCCAUCGAGUUUCAUCGGAAGCCCAAGGGCGAUGAAGCAAGCGUACCAAGAUGCAAUGGCCAUCUGUGGUAAAUUCGGCAAGCCAGUAUUCUUCCUGACUUUUACCUGCAACCCAAAGUGGAGGGAAAUCACGGCCAACAUUCCCAGCCAUCUGUCGGCAUCAGAUCGACCCGAUAUAGUCGCAAGAUUCUUCCAGCAAAAGAAAAUUGAGUUGGUCAACGACAUUGAAAAGCGCCAGGUGCUGGGAUUUGCGACUGCACGGAUACACGUCAUUGAAUUUCAGAAGCGUGGAUUGCCCCACUGUCACAUGCUCAUUUAUAUCGACGAGCGUGACGCCCCUGCUACAGCGGAAGAUGUGGAUGCAACCAUAUGCGCGGAAAUUCCCGAUAGUACAACGCAUCCGAGACUGUAUAAGAGCGUCAUGACCCACAUGAUUCACGUUCCGUGUGGGUUGAUCAACAAAAAAUCCCCUUGCAUGGACGGGGACAAACGAAGAGAUACGGGCGUUGUACACCGCUUGAAACGAGGACACACGCAUUUCGAAGUUGACAACAGAUCGGUCGUUCCUUACAACCCUUGGUUAUCCCUCAAGUAUGACUCCCACAUCAACCUCGAAUACUGCGCAUCCAUCGUCAGCGUAAAGUACAUCUUCAAGUACGUCUACAAAGGGUACGAUUGCCUGAAAAUGGAUCAAAAAGUGGGAACGUAUCAUCUGGCAGAAGGCGAAGAACCAAGGGUGGAGUGGGACGAAAUCACGUGCCAUCUUGAUGCGCGUUACGUCAGCGCGCCGGAAGUCUGUUGGCGAAUCUUCAAGUUUACCCUUUCCGACCGUUUGCAUGCCAUCUAUCGCCUGGCCGUCCAUUUGCCCCGAGAGCAGCCCGUCUUUUUCCAACCGGGAAACGAAAUGCAAGCCGUCAUCAAUGCCGCUUCGAGAGACACCAACCUUACUGCUUUCUUUAAGUUGAAUCGCGUCGACGAGAGCGCACGGCAAUAUUUCUACAGAGAAAUACCUCACCACUACGUUUUCAUCAAGAAAACCAAUUCGUGGAAGCCUCGCGUGAAACGGGCCAAGAUCAUCGGUCGUCUAUACACGGGCCAACAAGCUUUGAAGAUUUGCGAACAGUCGACCAGGUUGUCCAUCCCACUUUCAAAGCGGCAGCAAUAG